AUGGAUCCAUUGAAGUACCUUUUUGAGAAGCCUGCUUUGAGUGGAAGAUUGUCAAGAUGGUUGAUCUUAUUGACAGAAUUCGAUUUGAAAUUUUUUGCUAAGAAUCCCAUAGAAGGGGAAGAUGGUAAAGAGGAUUUUCUAGAUGAAGAUAUUUUGGAUGUUGAGUUGGGGACAUGGAAGAUGUACUUUGACAGAGUCAUAAAUCAAUAUGGGAAUGGGAUAGGAAUACUCUUGAUCACCCACGAGGGAUCUCACAUACCUUUGGCAAUCAAAUUGAAGUUUGAAGCAACUAACAACAUGGCUGAAUAUGAGGCUUGCAUUGUUGGAAUGGAAGCUCUUCAAGAAUUGGGAGUAAAAGAGGCCAAACUCUUUGGGGAUUCUACUUUGGUUAUAGCCCAAGCGCAAAAGUUGUGGAAAGUGAAUGAAGAACACUUGAAGCAUUAUCAACAAUACCUUGAGGAUUUGACCAGGACCUUUGACAGAAUUGAGUACACAAUCAUUCCUAGAGCUCAAAAUCAAUUUGCGGAUGCAUUAGCUAUUUUAGCCUCCAUGGUAGAAAUACCCAAGGGAGUAUGGACAUGA